CAUCAGUGACUUUAAAAAAAAAAAACUUUCGGACGUUUCGGAGACUUUACCGAGAAGAAUCAAGGGGGCCUAAGUCAUCUUCCAAAGUCCAAGUAUAAGGAUUUUAAAAAAUAAAGUCACGCACCUUCGCCGAAAACUGAGGACUUGUUUUAAUACCUUGAAAACAUGUCAACUUCUGAUGAAACAGAAGGGCUGCGACCACGAUAUGGGUCUGUCCUGGAUGGCGUGGAGCGGCUCACAGCCGAGGAGAUGGACGAACGGCGGCAGCAGAACAUGGCCUACGAGUACUUGUGUCAUCUGGAAGAGGCCAAGCGAUGGAUGGAGGCAUGUUUAGAUGAGGAGCUACCCCCCACCACAGAGCUGGAGGAGGGCCUCCGUAAUGGCGUGUACCUGGCCAAGCUUGGCAACUUCUUCGCCCCGCACAUUGUCUCCCUGAAGAGGAUUUACGACCGUGAGCAGACGCGGUACAAGGCCACCGGGCUGCACUUCAGACACACAGACAAUGUGAUUCAGUGGUUGAACGCCAUGGCGGAUAAAGGCCUUCCCAAGAUCUUCUAUCCUGAGACUACAGACAUCUACGACAGGAAGAACAUGCCUCGCUGCAUUUACUGUAUCCACGCGCUCAGCCUGUACUUGUUCAAGCUUGGCCUUGCCCCACAGAUCACGGACUUGUAUGGAAAGGUCGACUUUACAGAGGAGGAGAUUAACAACAUGAAGAGCGAGCUGGAGAAGUACAACAUUCAGAUGCCUGCUUUCAGCAAGAUCGGCGGCAUCCUGGCCAAUGAGCUGUCCGUGGACGAGGCAGCUUUGCACGCUGCCGUGAUCGCCAUCAAUGAUGCUGUCGACCACGGAGACCCAGCAGGCACACUGGCAGCCAUGAGAAACCCCAACGCCAUGCUGCUCAACCUGGACGAGAGUGCCGCACAGCACUACCAGGACACACUGUAUCGGGCCAAAGCAGAGAAAGUGGCCAACUCCCGAAAGAGGAUUGGGGAGAACAUGGAGGUGGAGAGGGAUGUAUAUGAGGAACUGCUCACACAUGCUGAAAUCCAGGGCAAUGUCAAUAAAGUCAACUUGUCCAACGCCCUGGGCUCGGCGGAGCUCGCCCUGCUGAGCGGAGAUGAGGAGCGGCUCUAUGAAGCCCUCUCCACAUCAGCUUUGGGCCUCCGUUCACUGCAGGAGAAGAAUAAGGGCUGGUACCUCAAGCAGCUGGCAGCAGACCGAGAGGCCAAAGACCAGAGUACUCCCGGAGAACCCCUGAACAAAGAGGAACUCCAGAGUGGGGUGGAGGUGGCCAACCACAUUGCAGAAGGCUAUUCAAAAAUGCUGCAGGCGGUGGACAGGAUCAAUGCGGCCAUUAAGAGGGACGUGGCGGAGGACACCGUGAACGAGCUGAUGAAUCCAGAUGCACAGCUUCCUCAGGUGUACCCCAGCGCUGCUGAACUCUACCAGAGAGAGCUCUUCAGCCUGCAGCAGCAAAGUUCUGAGGGCUCCCUCAUGCACCCAGAGCUGCUGGUGGCAGUGGAGAUGCUGUCGUCGGUGGUCCUGAUUAACGAGGCCCUAGCCGUGGGCAACCGGGUGGCCGUGUGGAAGCAGCUGAGUAGCCCCGUCACAGGUCUCAGUAACGUGGAAGACGAGUACACUCAGAGGUACAUGGACGAGCUGAUGCGUCUCAAGGCUGUGGCUAGGGAAGAGGGCAGCGAGUACCUGACCUGGAAUGACAUCCAGGCCUGUGUGGACCAGGUGAACAGCACUGUCCAGGAGGAGCAUGAGAGGAUCGCUGCGAUUGGCCUGAUCAACGAGGCUCUGGAUGAGGGUGACCCCAAGAAGACGCUGGAGACUCUGCAGCUCCCUGCCGCCAAGCUGACAGACGUGGCUCCGCCCAUCGCUCAGCACUAUUUUGACAAGCUCCUGGAGGCGCGGAGGGAGAAGGCUCACGAGACCCAGGACCCAUCAGCUGUGCUCUGGUUGGAUGAGAUCCAGGAGGCUGUCUUUGAAUCCAAUAAAGACACAGAGGAGGCCCAGCAAUUCUCUCAGGCAAUCCAGGCUAUUAACGAGGCCGUGGAUAGUGGGGAUGCAGCAAACACGCUGGUGACCCUGCGUGCACCUGGUGCCAGUCUGUAUGGUGUGACCCCAGAGUGUGCCCAGACCUACCAGGACGAACUGGCCAAGGUCAAGGAGGCCAAAAAGAAGGAGGGUGAUAAUGGCAGUGACUGCAUGAGGCACUGGGUCAAAGGAGGGCAUAACUACUACUACAACCUGAGCACCAAAGAGGGCACGUGGGAUGAGCCUCCCAACUUUGUGCAGAACAACACACAGCUGAAUAAGGAUGAAAUCCAGUCUUCUGUGUCUGGCGUGACUGCUGCCUACAACCGGGAGCAACUGUGGCUGGCCAAUGAGAGCCUGAUAGCCAAGCUGCAAGCACGUUGCCGUGGGUUUAUGGUGCGGCGGGGUCUGAAAGAGCGUCUCAACUAUUUAAAAUCCCAGGACCCUGCAAUCCAGUGUAUACAGGCCCACUGGAAGGGUUUCAAAGAAAGAAAGGCAUUCAAUGGAAGGAAACAGUACUUGAAGGACCACACCGAAGAUGCUGUCAAGAUCCAGUCAAUGGUUAGGAUGCACCAGGCUCGCAAAAAAUACAGAGAUCGCCUACAAUACUUCAAAGACCAUAUUAAUGAUGUGGUGAAAAUUCAGGCCUUCAUCCGAGCCAACAAAGCGAGGGAUGACUACAAGACUCUUAUCAAUGCGGAUGAUCCUCCGAUGGCGGUCGUCCGUAAGUUUGUGCACCUGUUGGAUCACAGUGACCAGGAUUUCCAGGAGGAGCUAGAACUGAUGCGCCUGCGUGAGGAAGUGAUCACGAACAUCCGCUCCAACCAGCAACUUGAGAAUGACCUCAACCUGAUGGACAUCAAGAUCGGCCUGCUGGUGAAGAAUAAGAUCACACUGCAGGAGGUGGUUUCCCAUAGCAAGAAGCUGACCAAGAAGAACAAGGGUGAGCUCUCCAACCUUAUGAUGAUGAACAAACAGAAGGGAGGCCUGAAGGCCCUCAGCAAAGAGAAGCGAGAGAAACUGGAAGCCUAUCAGUACCUCUUCUACCUGCUGCAGACCAAUCCCAGCUACCUAGCUAAGCUGAUCUUCCAGAUGCCCCAGAACAAGUCCACAAAGUUCAUGGACUCUGUGAUUUUCACAUUAUACAACUAUGCCUCCAACCAGCGUGAAGAGUACCUAUUGCUCAAUCUCUUCAAAACAGCACUGCAAGAGGAAAUCAAAUCAAAAGUGGACCAGAUCCAGGAGAUUGUGACUGGGAAUCCCACAGUCAUCAAGAUGGUGGUGAGCUUUCACAGGGGAGCUCGGGGUCAGAAUGCCCUGAGGCAGAUUCUCGCUCCUGUUGUCAAAGAAAUCAUGGAAGACAAGACGCUAAACAUCAAAACCGAUCCAGUGGAUAUUUAUAAAAGCUGGGUGAAUCAGAUGGAGUCUCAGACUGGAGAGGCCAGCAAACUGCCUUAUGAUGUCACCCCAGAACAAGCAAUGAGCCAUGAGGAGGUUCGCACGCGCCUUGAGGCCUCCAUCAAGAACAUGCGGACAGUUACAGACAAAUUCCUAUCGGCCAUUGUAGUUUCCGUUGACACAAUACCGUAUGGGAUGCGCUUCAUUGCCAAGGUGCUGAAGGAUACGCUUCAUGAAAAGUUCCCUGAUGCCACCGAGGAUGAGCUUUUGAAGAUCGUUGGAAACCUACUGUAUUAUCGCUACAUGAAUCCGGCCAUUGUAGCUCCGGAUGCCUUUGACAUAAUUGACAUGUCAGCAGGGGGUCAACUGACCACAGACCAACGGCGGAACCUGGGAUCAAUUGCUAAAAUGCUGCAGCACGCUGCCUCCAACAAGAUGUUUCUUGGAGACAAUGCCCAUCUAAACCCCAUCAAUGAGUACCUUACCAACUCCUACCAGAAAUUUAGCAGACGGUUUUUCUUGGCAGCCUGUGACGUGCCGUCGCUAGAGGACAAAUUCAAUGUGGAUCAGUACUCUGACCUGGUCACCGUGAGCAAACCUGUUAUCUACAUCUCCAUUGGCGAGAUCAUCAAUACUCACACGCUUUUGCUGGAUCACCAGGAUGCCAUUGCUCCAGAGCACAAUGACCCACUUCAUGAGCUGCUAGAGGAUUUGGGAGAGGUACCUACAAUAGAAUCUCUGAUAGGUGAGAACCCGCUACCCCCUGACGACCCUAAUAAGGAAAUGAUGGGGAAGACUGAGGUCUCUCUCACCCUCACUAACAAAUUUGAUGUCCCUGGGGAAGCUAAUGCUGAAAUGGAUGCCAAAACUCUUCUCCUAAACACCAAGAGGCUCAUUGUGGAUGUGAUCCGGUUUCAGCCUGGAGAAACGCUCUCUGAAAUCCUGGAAUCAUCUUCAACACCAGAGCAGGAGGCAGAGUAUCAGCGGGCCAUGCAGAGGCGAGCCAUCCGCGAUGCUAAGACCCCUGAGAAGAUGAAGCAGGCCAAACCAGUGGUGGAUGACAGCCUCACUCUGCAGGGCAAGAAGGAGAAGAUCAAGAGCAACCUACAGAGGCUGGCUGAGUUGGGCAAAGUUCACCCAGAAAACAGAUACCAGGAUCUCAUUAAUGACAUCACCAAGGACAUCAGAAAUCAGAGGAGGUACCGUCAGCGAAGGAAGGCAGAGCUUGUGAAACUUCAGCAGACCAACGCUGCUCUCAACUCCAAGUCCAGCUUCUACAAUGUGCAGAUAGACUACUACAAUCAGUAUAUUAAGACCUGCAUGGAUAAUCUAGCCAGCAAGGGCAAGGUAUCGAAGAAGCCUGGAGACAACAAGGCCAAGAAGAGCAAGCAGGUGUCACAGAAGUACACAGCAGCACGGCUGCAUGAGAAAGGAGUGCUAAUCGAGAUUGAGGAUCUGCAGACGAACCAGUUUAAGAACGUAAUUUUUGAGAUCUCCCCAUCUGAGGUUGUGGGAGUGUUUGAUAUAAAAGCCAAGUUUAUGGGAGUCCAUUUGGAGACGUUAAUGUUGGAAUACCAGGAUCUCCUGCAAUUACAGUAUGAGGGGGUGGCAGUCAUGAAGCUCUUUGACCGGGCCACUGUAAAUGUCAACCUGCUCAUUUUCUUGCUUAAUAAGAAAUUUUAUGGCAAGUAGAGACUCUGGGAAUGGCUUUACAGACUAUUGUGUACAAAAAUAUGCCCACACCAAAUGACAUCAAGCCCCUGCAGUCCAGUUAUCUUUCCUGCACUACUUGCAGUAUACCAUUUGGGCCUUGACCUCAAAGGAUGUUUCUCUUCAUGUACUACAUUUGUAAGGGCAUCAUAUAAGUCUUUUGUUUCCAUAAUUAUGCUUUUUAAUUGUGACAUGUUGGAAAAAAUGGUUAAUGGCAAAAAUGUACCUGCAUUAGUUAGGUUUGUUCUGUUGCAAACAGUGCUUGCAUGAGCUUUAGAUACAAUGUAUAUGUAAAGAAUUUUUUUUUUUGUUUUUGCCUUUAAAUUUAGGAUAACAUGUUUCUCAGUAUCCCUAGUCUUAUAGGAAGUAUGCAGCAGUAUAAUUAAACAAUGUCCAAACUACAUAUCACAGGGAUCUCGUCACCUACAAAGAUUUUUGUAAUGCAAAUUAAAAUUAAAUUAUUGGGGAAAUGUUCUUAUAUAAAUAAAAAUAUAAAAUAUUUUUCCCCCUAUAUGCUGGAUGGAUUUUAAGUUUACCUCCAUCUAUUUUUUUUCUCUUGUACUUUGCAUUGCCUUGAAUAAACUGUUGUAUGUACAA